CCCCAUAAAUUAUUUUUUCUGUUGGCGGUUAUCGGCACGUGAUCAGUUAUCAAACGUCCAGAUCCAGCUAGACGUGCUGUGCUGUACCGAGUACAACCAUAGCAACCGCCGAAACCCCGCUAGGCCUCAUUUGGCGCCUGUGUUUACUACACGGUUGAAGACUCCAGCAUUGCGCGUAACCGAGUCAAUGAUGCACGAUCAUCGAUAUCACAGUCCACGUAAUCGGGGUCUUCGGUGUAAUUGUCACAGUGCAUACGUCCACAAUCCUCACAUUCACAGAUCUUCCGGAUACCGAUGGAUCCAAACUACAAAUUUCCGGCCUCGUCCGGGGCCCCGCUCAACCAGCCGCUCAACCAGGCUUCUCCUGACAGAGUCAACCAGCAACGAUAUGAUGUAGAUACCUCAGCGAGAGUGCGCCUGUUCGACCAGGAGCAAAGUCACUCGAGGGACAGCACCGUGCACGAGAAAGCGGCAAAGUUCGACACUUUGGCCUUCCAAGGGAAGGCGCUGGAACGGAGAACAAACGAUGCGGCGCUCAAGCGCGCAAUGUUGGGACGGGAGGAGGCGGAAUCAGAGAUGCGCCGCUACAGAGAUGAGGCACGGUCAUUAAGGAAGGAAGUUCAAGAGGGUAAAGAUAGGGAGAGGAAAGUGGGAGUAAGGCUGGAAAAUGUCAUGGAAAACUAUGGUAGAGCAAAAGAGACACACGGCCACACGCAAGCAUUAUGGGAGAAGGAAAUCAGGAGGACACGAAAGGAUACCUUUAAAUCACAAUCUGUUGUCGUCAAACUUCAAGAAGAACUCAAAGCUGUGCGCACACAACUGAGGAAAUCACAAUCGGAUAUGGACGAUGAAAAAGAGCGUAGUAAUAAGAGGGAACAAGAGGCGUUCGAGGCGCGAUAUCAACUGGUGGGAUUCCAAGAGGAGUUUGCAGGAAUGGUGGAAAAAAUGAAGUUGGUGGAGCAAGAACGGGAUGCGCUGAGGACUAUCGCAAAGAAUGAGGAGGUAGCGAGGAUAGCCGCCGAGGGACAACUUCCCUUGCCAAAGCUGAGCGAAGACGACGAGUUUGCGUCUCCAAGAAAGGCGACCGCUCCUCUGCGGAGAGUGUCUGUCAUGUCUUCUCUUGCAAGCGAAGACGAAAUCGAGAACCUCAAGCGGGCUCUGGAGUGGGAACAUCAUAGGGCUGACCGAGCCUUUGACCAGGUGGAGUUUAUGGAAGUGGAGUGCCGUUUAAACUGCUGCUCAUGCAAAGUCUCCGAGAGGACGAGCAUUCCAUUGCCCGCCUUCUCUCCGAAGGCAAUGCGAACAGCCGGACUAGACACGACAAGAGAAGAACUUAUCAAACCUGAGGAAGUAACAGAGGACGAGGUCCAACCUGAAGAAUCCGAUAUAGGCCGCGCAAACGAGGCGCUUCAGCGCACAUUAUUUAUCCCCGCAGAAGGAAUAUUCCGCACUGUCUCACCUCCGCCGCAAGAAUCUCCUUGGAUCUCUCCUCCGAAGCAGUACCAGCCAUCGAGGGCCGAGCCUCUCAUCAACUUCUCCAACACCCCCAAUCGCCCCUCAUUCCACGCCAGAACCCCUUCAUGCGAACCACCCAGCGCUGCUAUCCUCCCCGAAGGCACAUCUCCCAUGUCGCUUCUCGAUGCACCACCCAGCCCCGCCGAGAGCGAGGCAACCAUCAUUUAUCGCCAGAGUCCACAGCGCAUGAGUGAGGCGCCCCAAGAGGUGCCAUCUUACCGUAACCACGGAAGGAACGAGUCCUUGGACCCAUCACAUUCUGCAAGCCCAAGGUUCUCACACAGCAGGCAACAAUCUACGGAUCGCGUGGCUCUCACCAAGAAGUUCUCCUCGCAUCUUAACAACGCCAUCAACCCAACUGUUGAAUCAUCGAGCCCAGCCCCAAUCCCACCAACUCACAUCCACGAAGAGCACUCCGAGCCAAUCUUCCACACAACCUCAACCACAACUAGAGUCCCUCUAGCACUACCAUCCGAUUCGGAUUCCACACCGAUCGAGCGCCCCUCUUCCACCCCCGCCGUCUCAUCCUCCCUCGACCCGGCGCUAAGCCCCACGAUGUCCAGAGAGGAAGCGCUGGCUAUGAUACGCGAACGCAGAGGUCGGGCAAGGAGCAUGCACCAGACGCAAGUGAGCAAGUUGAUGACUCCGAAGAAGGGUCGUGAGGUGUCCGCGCCCUUGAGCUCGGGAAUGGCGACGGCGCCUCGGAGCGCACGGAGUAUGUCAAGGGGACGGAUGAACAGGGCUUGAAGCAAUGACUCAGGAAUAUGACUGCAGUAUGGAAUUACGAAUGCUAGAGAGGCGCGAAUAUCGGUUGGUCUGGAUUUUCUGGGACGAACCGGAACGUGGGGGACGGGGUUUGGGGGCGAAAUGGAGAGGGAAGAGAGGAUUUGAAUUGAGUACCUGUUUGUUUCUAUAAGCAGCGCCGCAUAGCACUCGGUGUACGGUGUUGUCAAAAACGGUCAUAUGGUGUUUGGUGGUUGCUUGCUUUUUUUUUCGGAGUAGUUAGCUUUUUAUCAUUUUCGAUCUGGGGCGUCUAACGCCGUUCUCGUUGAGGGAAGGGCGCAUAAGGGGAGCUCUGUAGAUAAUUAGUCGCCUUAAUAACUAUGAUGUUUUUUAUUUGGUGUUUUUUGUGUCAUUGGAUCUUUUUUUGAGUUACUAAAACGGAAAGUUACGAGGGGCGGAGCUAGAGAGAAGACCGAUAAUUCCAUAUUAUCGUGACUCCGAA